ACCGAAGGCGAGAACAUCAGUAAACUGGAGAAGGCAGACAUCCUCGAGCUGACAGUACGUCAUCUGCAGAAGCUGCAGUCCUCUCGACCUUCCGGAUUAUCAGUGACAAUCGCGAGCGGCGAUGAAAUUUCGGCGGAAAGCCGCUGGCAAUCCGGCUUCGGGCAUUGCGCAGCGGAAGCUUACAGAUUUCUCUCGUCGCUUCCAGGUGAAGCCGCGGAGAGGCUGGCAAGACAUCUCGCAGCUGGUCUCCAAACAGGCCGACAAACAAAUUCACCG